AUGGACGAUGCUCAAAAUGAAAAUUCACAAGCCACAAAAACUUCUAAUAAGAAACAAAUAGAAGGGACAGCACUGGCAGUUUUAAUGGAGAAUAGUAUGCAUGCAUUUGAAAAUACCGGAAAUGUAUUGCAAAGACGAUCAUUUAUUGACAUUACCAACCGUCAAAAUAACCGAUAUCAGAAGAGAAAUGUCGGAAAAAAUGAUCCGUUGCAAACUUCCAUUACGGAUUACGCUGUCAUCAAACGUCAUCCAUCAACGUUUGAACAUUUACGAAAAACAACAAAUGAAGAAAAUGAGAAAAGUUUGAAAAAGAUGGGAUUAAUUGCUAACACCGCUCAUUCCUCUCCUCGAACAACUUCCGAAACGGAUAUCGAAGAUGAAAUUAUCCACGAUUCUUUAUGUUCCAUUCAGGAUGCUAUUGCCGAUCAUGAAAUGUAUGAAUUACAAAAACGCUUUAAUCAAGCACUCGGGAAACGCUUCAAUGUGACGCAACAGAACAUUCGUAAAAAUGAGCAAGAACCAGUGAUUAAACGACGGAAAGAAAAAUAUUCAUUAGUAACUGUGAAGAAGCCAAACAUUCUCACGGCAGGUUUUGCAUGCAUUGAAAAAGUUGUCCUGAAAGAAUUGCUUGAAUCUAUGAAACUUCACGAAUUUAUCAAGAAAUAUGCCCUUAUCGAUUGCCGAUAUCCAUAUGAAUAUAAGGGUGGACAUAUUAAGGGAGCGUUAAAUAUAUAUGAUCCUGUGGUACUGGAAAAUUCAUUCUUUCCCGAAUGUCCGGAAAUAUUAAGUGAUAUGGUUAAAAAAAUUCCAAUAUUUUACUGCGAAUAUUCAAGUGCUCGAGGGCCAUUACUCGCAUCACAUUUGCGAAAAAGUGAUCGUGUCCGAAAUUAUGACAAAUAUCCAUUUCUUUAUUACAAUGAAAUUUAUGUUUUACAAGGAGGUUAUCAUUCAUUUUAUAACGCUGAAGAUAAACGUUUCAAGGCUCUAUGUGAACCGAUAGGUUAUAUUACCAUGCAUGAUAAAAAAUAUUUGGAUGAGUUCAAAAUUCAUCAUACGCUUAAACGAAAUGGAAUUGGUUUGGAAACUGGAAUGUUUGAAACAGCAUUAAUUAAAAAAAAUGCCGAUAUUCGUCGGACAAAUUCGGUUCCACAAAUGCCCGAAUCACCAACUGCUUCACAAUUCUCUCAUGUACGGUCUUCUGGAAAUUUUCAUCCGGAUACUGUUAAUACAGUUCCAAUGCUUGCUAAUCCACGUACGCCAACCGGACGUAAAAGUACUCGUUGA